AUGAUUAUUAAAGAUUUUGUUGUGGAUAAAGAUACUGAUAUUCUUGCUUUGACGGAAACUUGGCUCCCUCCAAGCGGGAACGAUUUGAUUAUUGGGGAUCUAUGCCCAACAGGUUAUAGUUUUCUGCAUACACCGAGACAUGGAUCAAUCGGUGGGGGCGUUGGUCUCUUAUUCAAGGAAAGUCUUAAUAUUAAGCGUAAUGUACAGGAGGUAUUUAGGUCAUUUGAAUACCUUGACAGUUCUUUUUUGAACUUUCUACAUAUUAGAAUUAUUGUUGUAUAUCGGCCGCCUCCUUCAUCGGCUAACUCAUUGACAUCUACUCUAUUCUUUGAAGAGUUCUCAUCCUUUUUGGAAGGAAUUAUUGUAUCACACGGGCAACUCUUGAUAGCUGGAGAUUUCAAUUUUCAUCUGGACAAUCCUAAUGACCCUCUUACCAAACGGUUCGUGGAUCUUCUCGCUUCCUUUGAUUUGAAGCAGUACAUUUCUGGAUCAACACAUGCAAGUGGUCACACACUGGAUUUAAUUAUAACGCGAUCUGAAGAAAACAUUGUUAACCAUUACAACAUCUUCGAUCCUCUGAUUUCUGAUCAUUCAGUUGUGCAUUUACAACUAUUGAUUAGGAAACCGAAGUUUGUGAAGAAACAUUUGCUUCUUCGUAAUUUGCGGGCGGUUAAUAUUCAUAAAUUCAAAACGGAUGUACUAAAUUCUUUUCUUCUUAAGAAUUUUACGACUAUGGAUUUGGUAUCAUUGGUGAAUGAGUAUGAUUGUCUUCAUACUAUCUUAGAUAACCAUGCACCGAUUAAAUCCCGGGAAAUUACAUUGCGCCCUAAGGCACCCUGGUAUACUAACGAAAUCAAUGAUAAAAAACGAAUUCGGAGGCAACUUGAGAGAAAAUGGCAUAAAACAAGGACGAAUGCUGAUUGGAAUCGCUAUAAACAACAAUGUUAUGCUGUAAAUAAACUUAUCGACUCCUCAAAAUCGGCUUACUAUACCGACUUAAUUAAUAAUGGAUCAUCUGAUCAAAAAACCCUUUUCAAGACUGUAAGCAAUUUGCUGCAUACAAAUACGAUUAUUCGCUAUCCAUCUUCUCCUGACCCAAUGUCACUUGCCAACUCAUUUAGUGAUUUCUUCACUCAGAAAAUUGUUAAAAUACGAGGUGAUAUCGAAGAUGAACUCUUGAGUAAAAACAUAGAAAAUCCUAUACCUGAUGCUGAUUCAUGUCCUUAUGAAUUUCACACCUUCAGGGAGGUUGGAAAAGACGAAGUGCUCCAUUUAAUCCAACGUAUCGCAACUAAAUCCUGUUCUCUGGAUCCACUCCCGGUGGUCAUGCUAAAUCACUGUUUUAAAGACAUCUUACCCGUUGUAGCUAGAAUAAUCAACCUCUCCUUGGAAAGUGGUACAAUGCCUGACUCUUUGAAGAUUGCUGUUGUUCAACCGCUAUUAAAAAAGUACAAUCUUUCCUAUGAAGAAUUCUGCAGUUUUCGUCCAAUAUCAAAUCUGAAAUUUGUCUCGAAAUCUAUUGAGAAAGCAGUUGCUGUACAAUUAACUGAUUAUCUUACUGAAAAUUAUCUACAUGAGAAAUUCCAGUCUGCUUAUAAACCUUGUCAUAGUACUGCAACAGCGCUAUUGAGGGUUCAAAAUGAUAUCCUUCAAGCUCUAGAUAACGGUGAUUCUGUUAUUCUUGUCCUACUGGAUCUGUCGGCGGCUUUUGACACCGUGGAUCAUUCAAUGUUAUUAACAAGACUAUCGAAACGCUUUGGCAUAAGGGGUCGUGUGUUGGAUUGGCUUACCUCAUACCUUACAUCCAGGAAACUGUUUAUUCGUGUUGAGGGAACUGAUUCGUUAUUGAGUGAUCUUGAUUGUGGUGUACCUCAGGGAUCUGUGUUGG